AUGUGUGAACGAAACGAUGACGAGUACAGUUUUUUGCCAUCCCAAAGACGUCCAAUUCCUAGUAAUAACCCAAUAUGCCUCAGGGCACAAAAGUACGGACUGAAGAGUGAUAAAGCGAUUCAGCUGGGUUCAAGAAAAAAAGCAGGACAACAAACAGCUCUUGCUAGUACAUUAGAUUCCCUCUGCAUUCAUGUAUGCUGUCUGUCAGAAACGAGAAGCCAGAACGUAAGUACUGUAACUGAACUGAUUGGCCCAUCACUCUCGUUUCUGGCUUCGCACCUCUGGUGA